UCAAAGAUACGAACAAAUAAAAAUGAUGGGUUCAAGAACAAUUGGCGGUGUUGCCACCGCCGGUGAUGAAGUAAACUAUUAUGUCGACCGGACUAGUGAAUUAAAGAUUUUCGAUGAGACCAAGCUUGGAGUGAAGGGUCUCGUCGAUUCAGGAAUUCCCAAAGUCCCUAGAAUCUUCAUCCACCCAACUGUUGUUACUGCUGCCGUUAACACCCACCGAUUCGUCUUCCCCACCAUAGACCUCGCCGGAUCUCGCCAAGAUCCAUCCCGGCGACGACAAAUCGUUGACCAAGUCCGUCAGGCUUCCGAGUCAUGGGGAUUCUUCCAGGUGAUUAACCACGGAGUUCCGACGAGCGUCCUGAAGCAGAUGCUGGAAGGAACCCUCGGAUUCUUCGAGCAAGAUGAAGAAGAGAAGAAGAAAUUGUACACUAGAGACGUGAAGAAGGUGCUUAUAUAUAACUCAAAUUUCGACCUGUACAGUGCUCCGGCGGCUCAGUGGAGGGAUACUUUCUAUUGCAACAUGGCCCCUGUUCCUCCUAAGCCAGAGGAUUUACCUCAAGUUUGCAGAGAUAUAUUGAUGGAGUAUUCGAAGCAUGUGAUGACAUUGGGAAUGGAUGUGAUCGAGUUAAUGUCGGAAGCUCUUGGCCUGGGUCCAAGGCAUCUGAAGGACAUGGAUUGUGCAGAGGGUCUGGCUAUUCUAGGACACUACUAUCCGGCUUGCCCAGAGCCAGAUCUCACCGUUGGCACCACAAAGCACGCAGACAAUGAUUUCUUCACCGUCCUACUGCAGGACCAUAUAGGAGGCCUCCAGGUCCUUCAUGAGGGCCAAUGGGUCGACGUUCCUCCUAACCCUGAAGCUCUCGUAAUCAACAUUGGCGAUCUUCUCCAGCUGAUAACAAAUGACAAGUUCAGAAGUGUGGAGCACAGAGUUGUGGCGAACAGGGUGGGGCCGAGGGUAUCGGUGGCGAGUUUCUUUACGACGGGGAUGACACCGACGGAGAAGGUUUAUGAGCCGAUAAAAGAAUUGCUAUCAGAAGAUGAGCCUCCAAAAUACAGGGCAACCACGGUCAGAGAUUACGUUAAGUUCUUUGGAGAGAAAGGACUUGAUGGUACUUCUGCUCUCUUGCACUUUAGGAUCUAAA